GUGCACACAGUAACUUACAGAACUUGGCCAGAAAAUGUUGACCGCAACGUUGUUUGUCAUAUUCCUUGUGAUCUGCCCGCAGCUGCAGACACACGCUCAAAACAAUACAGAGGUGGACCUGCAAAAUUCCCAAAAUGCUCUGCAGACUGUGAAAUUGGCUCUUGAGGAAAAACUGCCGGCAAAUACAGAGGCUCGCGAAAUGGGUAAUGAAAUUUUAGCCGCUCUGGAACGUGGCCUAAAGAUCUGUGAUGAGAAUCUUAAGAAAGAUUCGCAAAUCGCCGCUUAUAAUAUGUGUGUUGCCAGCAACAAGGGAUUGGCCAUGGCUUCGCUGGGCGAAUUGGCGGGUCAGCAAUGGGCCAAGUCAGGUGCAUCUCGUCCUGGUCUAUUCUUUUAAAUAUCCAAUUGCUAUAAUGAUUUAAAUAAAGAGAUUGAAUUUGUA